ACGUUUUCCGGUUUGAGUAGCCUACCGGUGGAAAUCAGUGUCAAGCAGCAGCAAACAUGUUUUCAAGAUUUGUGAAACCUUCUCAGAUUAUUACUGUGGUCAGAAAAGAAUUUUCGACCACUAGUAAAGUGAUGUCAGCAGAAUGGAAAACAAGUAAAUCUCAUUACCGUAAAGGCAGGCGUAAAGUACAGAAGGAUGCACGAGUUGCUGUCAUGGGAGCGGCAGGGGGCAUUGGUCAGCCUUUAUCGCUUCUGCUAAAGAUGUCACCACUUAUCUCCCACCUUAACCUCUAUGAUAUAGCUCACACACCUGGUGUUGCUGCUGACUUGAGUCAUAUCAGGACCAAAGCAAGAGUAUCAGGAUUCCUUGGAGAGAGUCAAGUAAAGGAGAGUCUUGAGGGGGCAAAUGUUGUAAUUAUUCCAGCUGGAGUACCCAGAAAACCUGGGAUGACACGUGAUGACCUCUUCAACACCAAUGCCAGUAUUGUGAGAGAUUUGGUUGAUGCAUGUGCAGAUGUCUGCCCUAAAGCAAUGAUCUGUAUCAUUACAAAUCCUGUUAACUCCACAGUGCCUAUUGCUGCUGAGGUCCUGAAAAAACGAGGAGUGUAUGACCCCAACAGACUUUUUGGGGUGACAACACUGGAUGUUGUACGAGCUAAUACAUUUAUUGCAGAAGCUAAGGGCCUGGAUGUUACCAAAGUGAAUGUUCCAGUCAUUGGUGGCCACAGUGGUGUUACUAUUAUUCCUCUGAUUUCUCAGUGCACACCACAUGUCUCAUUCCCUCCAGAUGAAAGGGAGCGGCUGACAAAGAGAAUCCAAAAUGCUGGCACUGAAGUUGUUGAAGCCAAAGCUGGUGCUGGUUCAGCUACACUUUCGAUGGCAUACGCUGCUGCUGAGUUUGCAACCAGUCUUCUUGAAGCAUUGAAUGGGUUUGAGGGCAGGGUACAAUGUGCAUUUGUUAGCUCUGAGGAGACAGAAGCCAAAUACUUUGCUACACCUCUCCUUCUCGGGAAAGACGGUAUUGAGAAGAACCUCGGUAUGGGAAAACUCAUUGACUUUGAGGUGAAUUUGUUGAAGGCUGCCAUGCCAGAGCUGUUGGCUAACAUCAAAAAGGGGGAGGAGUUUGUUGAGAAGACAUACAAAAAAUAAGUCUUGACAGCAUGCAAGCAUCUUGCCAACACCACUAAGAUGUUUGUGACCAUUUCACGUUUUGCUGCACAUGAAGUAUUUCGUGACCACUGUCAUUUCUGCUUGGGAGGUUAAUAAUACUGUGUAAAGUUUCUCAUGGCUAUUGUAUAGCUUCUAACCAGACUAAACAAGAUGAGCAUGCUGGAAUUACAGUUCACUGCAAUCCCUCACACUUUCAUGGAUGAAAUUCUUUUGCCCUUGGACGGUGUAAAUUUCUGGGUCCGGCAUACCCACUUUGGUCUAUCAGAGAUAGAAGAGCUUGGACUAAAGUGAAGAAGUGAUUUGGGAAGUUAAAAUGUGAUACUUGGUCAAGUUGGCCAGCUAUUUUCUAUGAAGAUAUGGGUAUUCUUACCCUAAGAAAUCAUGAGAAAAUUCUUAAUGGAAUGAGCAUGCAAAUCCACCGGCAUAUAAUUAUCUUUGUAUAAGGCCUUGCUGUGAUGUGCUGCGGCAACAUGAAAAAGCAAGAGUCUUUUCGGAUUGGUUUGGUAGAGGUUAGUAAGCUUGCCAUUUGUUAUUUUGCUUCAUGAAAUUCUAUGCAUCAGUUUGCUGGCUUUAUUAUUUAUCCAUGACCAUUGGACCAUCAGGUGGAUAUCUGAGAAGGUGUAAUUUUGUUAACUGCACAUAAUUAUCUCUCUUGACAAGCUUCUUAAGCUGUUGUGGGGUUUGCAGUGGACGUGUGAAUUUUUGUGUCCAGUUAAACUGUUUUUUCUAUUAGAAAAUGAGACUAGAAUGAAUUCUCUUUAAAAUUGUAAUCGAGUGUUGUGGAUGUCAAAAGAAGUGACAUCAUGCUCCAAAAGAUGGAGAUAUAUGAUAUAAACAUGUUUUUUAUAACA